GCUGCAAAAAGCAACAGGAAACAAUAACAACACAAAUAAAAACACGUUCAACAAUUGUGGGUGCAGCUGCGGUUUUGGCCAUAUUAUAUUUUAUAUACACCUUCUUACCAAUUCACAAAGAAGCAUAUUUUGUUGCAAUUUUUUUGUUGAAAAUGUGUGAAACGCCGAAAUUCUGAUUGAAUACCAACAGAACUACUAUUUUGCAAUUAGUUUAGGAAACAAAGUGCUUAUUAAAAAAUAACAAGUUUGUAACAUAUUGAGUGUCGGAAGAAUUCAUUGAGUACGUCGAGAAUUGUAAGAAAGAAGAGCUUAAGAAAAAAUGAGUAUUAACAACAGCAAAAAAAUAUGAAUGCCUAGAGCGAAAGCAUCAAAAAAGCUAGCGACUGGCGGGGCAGUGCUAGUGACGGUAGAAUCGUCUUCAACAGUAGCUAGGCAAAAAGACAAAAAUAUUACAAACCGUUAAUGUUGUUGUGCUACGAAUUGAGAUGGUGACGGUGAGUCGUCAGCUAGAAGUCAUGAUCUGUGAGACUCAACACUUGCGUUAGUACGUUUUGGCCACAUCACGCAGACGGUCGAAUAACGACGGUUCACUACGUUAAAUGCAAAUACACUAGGUAGUAGCGGUAAAACUGGAUUUGGAUUUCUAAAAAAUUGUGCCAUAGCGAAAGAAGUACAAACUAAACGACGAUUAAACGCACUAACCAAAAAGCUAAUGAAUUGACAUUAGCAUAAAAUUCCAUUUUCGAUUGGUGUAGAAUCAAAGGCGAAAGUUGGAUGUCCGAGUAGAAGUAGAGCCGCAAUAUACUACGUAUAACUAACCUAAAUGAGAGCGGAUUAUUUACUAUCGGAAUAAUUUGCUUCGGACUUCUAGUCUACGGUAAUGCGUAUACCGUCGACGACGUAUUCACAUCCCUGCUCCUUUAAGUUUGAAAACGACAACAAAAGAACACCCACUCACCAUCACAAUUGUACAUUUCACCACCUCCCGUAUACUGCACCUAGCUAGCCUUUAGCACACAAUUAAACAUGUUGCGUUCCUUGCGUUCUUUUUACGGGAAAACGAUAAUUUUUGCAUUGGUUACGCUCUGCUUUAUACUUUACAUUAAAGUGCUGCAAGUAGAAGACACUAUAAGAGAAACACAAAUUCAAAAUGCAAAAUUAAAAGGCUUACAGGAACACAACGAUGUACUACCUAAAGAAGAAAAUUUCGAACACCGAGCGCGCAUCAACCCACGACAUCGUGCGUUUGAUCUACCUAAUAAUGUUGAAAUCUCGGAACCAAAACAAAUUGAAUCAACCGAAUCAAUCUAUGAGUUAAGCAUACGUAUGGAUUUGGCGAAACAAGAUCCAGCACUAGGCGCACUUGGUACCGCUACACAUUUGAGUGGUGAAGCAGCACGUCGCGGCGAUGAAAUUUACAAAAAGAUUUCACUAAAUCAAGAAAUCAGCGAAAGAUUAUCUUAUAAUCGUACUCUAGCAGAUUCGCGCCAUCCAGCAUGCUUGCGGCAGACUUUUGAUGUAACCACGCUGCCUAGCACUAGUGUCAUCGUAAUAUUCUACAAUGAACCAUACUCAGUGCUGGUGCGUACAGUGCAUAGUACUUUGAAUACAUGCAAUGGAAAACUGUUGAAGGAAAUCAUUUUGGUUGAUGAUGGUAGCACAAAUGAGGAGCUGCACGGUAAAUUGGAUUAUUAUAUCAGUACGAGAAUACCGAAUGGAAAGGUGAAAGUGCUGCGGCUUAAAAAUCGUCUCGGUUUGAUACGCGCCCGUUUGGCCGGCGCUCGUAUAGCCACCGGUGAUGUGCUCAUCUUCUUGGACGCACAUUGUGAGGCGAAUAUUGGUUGGUGUGAGCCACUGUUGCAGCGCAUCAAGGAAUCGCGUACGAGUGUUUUGGUGCCCAUUAUUGAUGUGAUCGAUUCGAAAGAUUUCCAAUACAGCACGAAUGGCUAUAAAUCAUUCCAGGUUGGUGGUUUCGAGUGGUCGGGUCACUUCGAUUGGAUUGAAGUGUCGGAUCGCGAGAAGAAACGUCAAUUGCGUGAAUGCAAUCAACCUCGCGAAAUAUGCCCCGCCUACAGUCCAACUAUGGCGGGUGGUUUGUUUGCAAUCGAUCGACGCUAUUUCUGGGAUAGUGGGAGUUAUGAUGAGCAGAUGGAUGGCUGGGGUGGUGAAAAUCUUGAGAUGUCCUUUAGAAUUUGGCAAUGCGGUGGCACAAUUGAGACAAUACCUUGUUCGCGUGUGGGACACGUUUUCCGUGAUUUUCAUCCAUACGAAUUCCCCAACGAUCGCGACACACAUGGCAUCAACACCGCGCGCAUGGCGCUCGUCUGGAUGGACAGCUAUGUGAAUCUCUUCUUCCUCAAUCGUCCCGACUUGAAAUUCCAUCCGGACAUCGGCGAUAUGACACACCGCAAGUUGUUGCGUAAGAAAUUGCGUUGCAAGAGCUUCAAUUGGUAUUUGGAAAAUAUCUACCCCGAGAAAUUCGUGCCGACCAAAAACGUGUUGGCCUACGGCCGUAUACGUGCGCUCAGCAAAGACCUGUGCGCAGACGAUUUGUCGCAGAACAAUGAGAAACCCUACAAUUUGGGUAUAUUUUGGUGUGCCAAAAAGCUGACGAAAUCACAAUUCUUCACCUUAACGAACACGCAAGUGCUGCGCAACGAGCUCAGUUGCGCCACCGUGCCGCACAGUGGUGGCGAUGUGCGCGUCGUCAAGAUGGUGUCGUGCAUGGACAACGACGACUACAAUGAGCAGUGGAGCUACGAGAACGAGCAUCUGAUACACGUAAACACAGGGCUGUGCUUGGACCACAUGGAGCUGCGCAGUUCCGAUGAGAUACAAGUGGCGCGCUGUGACAGUGACAGUGAGACGCAACGCUGGACCAUACAGCAUGACAAGUUGCUGUGAGAGUGUAAAGCGGCAGGCAAUUUAGUACUAAGUCGAAAGUUAAAGCCAUUGUGUAAAUAUUGAGAACACUUUAUAUAUUCAUAUAUCUAUAUGUGUACAUAUGUAUGUGUAACACACAUUAAUUAAUUUGAUGUAUUAAUUUUUGACAACAUCACACUGUGUAAUGUAAUUAGUAAACGCAAAUUUAUUUUUUUUUUUGUGGAACGUAAGUUGUACUGUGUUGCUAAUUACAUAUUUUAAUGACCUCUAAAGUUAGUCGCUGUUGUAGAAACAGCUUUUUCUCUCGCGAAAAUCGGUAAUUAUGUAAAAAAUGCAUUCCUUAUGACACUGGUGGUGUAGUCACACUUACCUAACGGUGUUUGUAGUUAGCUAAAAUAUAUUUUUAUGUAAUUUAAAGUAGUUACAAAUACAGUGAAAACUACAAUAACAACAAUAUUUUUUUUUUGUUACGAAUACACAAACACUACGCAAAUCUCACAGUUACUAAAACUCGAAUUACUAAAUGACAAUAAAACACGCAUUUUGAUGACAGUUAUGACAGUUAAAAUACACAAAUAGUUAGUAAAUAGACAAUAUUAUUCGUAUCGUAUCGUAAAUUUUGUUUUUUGUUUCAAAUUUGCAUUUACCUCUUUUCUUAAAUACUAAGUAGCAACGUAUAUAUUGAUUGUAUAAAUAUUUAGUUUUAAUUAUACAAAACUAUAGCAUACAAUGUUAACUAGAAAUCUACAUAUAUACCCUUUAUGUAUAAUAUGUAUGUCUAUUGCGCUGUGCCCGUCCUCGUAUAUAUAUAUUUUAUACCUCUUUCUCAUGCUUUCAAUGCAAGUAAAAUUAUUAUUGAUUUAUGAUUAAAUUAUUAAAAAAAAUUUAAUAAUUUGUGUAACGGAAAAAUUAAUUAAAUAGUAAUGUAUAAAAAUUAAAAAAAAAAAUUAAUUUUUUCCAACACAAUAUUUAUUUUUUUAAACAAAAAAAUAUAGAUUUUUUUUAAUUCUCCUAGCAUAUUAAAUUUCUUAUAUUAAAUAUGACGCAUACAUGAUAAUUAUUUAAACCAGUGUUUUUUAAUAAUAUUGUUGUUUUUUUUAAGAAUAAGAAUUCAAUUUUUUUUAUAAAUUUUUUUCACACAAAGCCUUACUUUUUUUAAUUUCUUAUAUUUUUCUUAUAACAACAAAUACAUUUAUUAUUAAUAUUUGCUAUAAAAUGUACCAGAAAAACGUUUAUACACACAAUUUUCCUUAUAAAUACUCGUGUGGUGAUCAUAUAAACUGAAUACAUAAAAAUAUAAUAAAAAUAAUUAAUAAAUAGAUCCAAAAAUAGAAAUAAUUAUCAAAUUAAAAAAUUGCAAGCAUAAUUUUUUGUAAAAGAAAAAAAAACUUAAGGCACCCGAUAUUAGAUAUUUGCAACAUUUAUACAGGCAGCAAAAUUUAUAGCAAAAAAAUAAAUAUAUUUUUUAUAUACAAGGUCAUGAUAAGGAACAUUAUAAUUCACUACUACAAAAAAAAUAAUAGAAUAAAAUAAAUAAAUUAAAAUAUUUAUAUAUACAUUAUUUUAUUAAAUGAAAAAAAUGUAUAAGAAUUUAUAAAAUAUGCUAUAUACUUAAAGAUAUAUACAUACAUAUACAUUCUUCCCAUACCAAUAAAAAAAAUAUAUAUAUAUUGUAUAUACACAUUAACAUAUUACUGUUGUAAUAUAUUAAUAAUAUUGGCUAAGUUCCUUUUGAUACAAUUCGCUAUAAUAAAAAUUUUAAAUCAUAAAAAAAAGAAAUUAAAGUAAAACAGUGACUUCUAUAAAUAUACAUAAAUAAAUAUAUAUAAAAUAUUAUGAAACAUACACACAUAUAUAACUACAUAUAUAUAAAUACAUAUGUAUAUAUAGUAUAAUAAUAAAUAAAUAAUUACUUUUUACAUAAUAUCAAAAAAAAAAAUAAUUUACACUCACUAAAUUGUGUCCUAGAAAUAUACAUACCUAUUAAAUGUACUUACAUAUAUAUAAUUGCAACUCUGUGGUAAAAAUCUUGUAAACUUUUCAAGCGAACCACCAUAAAAGUCAAUUCAGAUGAUUUUUUUUUAAACAUAGGAAAGGGGUCAGCGGAUACAAAUAUAUAUAAAAUUCAAUUAUCAAAAUAAUAAAAAAAAAUCAAAAUUAAAACUAAAUUGAAAAUAAUUUUUGAAUAAAUAAAAUUUGAAUAAAGAUUAAUAAUUUUGUCACUAAAAAAUAUAAAUUUUUUAAUAAUUUUUACAAAAAUAAUUUUAUAUUUUUUUAUUAAUUUUAUUUGUUAAAUUAAAACUGAACUAAAAAUUAUAAAAAUAAAUUUCAAACAAAUACAAUUUAAAUAAAAAAUAAUAAAAUAAUUUUGACAUUAAAAAAUAAAAGUAUUUUUAAAUAAGAGAAUAUAUUUUUUAAAGACAAAUAAUAGUAAUAAUAGUCGGCGGAAAAGUCGUUUAUUAUACUUUGGAUCUUAACUUGGAUUUAUGCUUGAUAAAUAGAUCAUAAAUUGAUCCUCCUUUGUUUUUGUAAUAUGUUAAGUUUGUAUAAUAUAAAUUCAUAAAUACGAUGUUGUUGUAUCGGAUAAUUUUGAAAAAAGAGUUGAUAACACCAAGUGCGAAGAAACAAACUCCGUAGCUGCUUUUAAGAAUAGCUAGAUGACAGGCUUCUAAAUAAUAUUAAGGGGUUAUAUACAGUUAAAAUUUUCAAAAAAUCGAUUUUUUUUUAUUUCAUUUUCUUAAUGUACAUAUAUUUAAGAAUACACACAGAAAAUUUCAUAUCGUUGCGGUGAAUAUUUUCAAAGUUACAAGCAAAAAAGAAAAAUUUGAAAAGGCGUUUCAGAGUGCUUGGAAGUACAAGGUCCAAACUUUAAACGCGUUUUUCUCAAAAUGGUGUUUUCAAAGUCGGUGACCAACAUUACUCGAAAACGUCUAGAACGAUUAGUCUCAAAUUUUAACACGACCUUCUUAAAUAUAUUUUUUAGUGAUUAAUCGAAGAUUUUUUCUCUCCGAUAAAUAUUUUUUUUUUUUAUAAACAAUUUAAAGCCGAAAUACCGGUGAAGAAACGAUUUUUUUUUUUGAGAAACCGCCAUUUUGUCAAAAAAUUUUAUUUUGCUUAUACCUUCGAUUAAUUACUAGAUUUAACAUUAUUUGAACGAAAUCUAUUUGGUUUUUUAAAUUUGGAUGAUCCAGUUCCGAGUAGUGGUCACCGCAAAAUGUCUUUUUUGAGAGGAGCUCCUGGAGAUCUGCUGUAGCUCUUUUUCAAAUAAAUAUUUUUA